CCAGUCUGAUUGGAGAGCUCCACCAACUCACCUUCCCUAGAUAUGUUGACAUAUAUUUGUCAGUCAAGGUCGACUACUACUACGCCUGGCCAUUGUUAACACCAGGUGGCAGUGUGUUAGUCACUGUAGCUCCGGAUUAGAACACAUGUGAGUUUCGACCAACACUACUCUGCUGUAGGUUUGUCAUCUAAGUGGGAAAUAUCAAAACUGUGCAGAAAUAAGGGAUAUAUGUCCUCUGCAAGGUGGAUUAUUCCCCAAACUAAUUUCUGAGGAUUUCCAGGAGUGUAACAUAUGGUAUGCUGUACAUGGAAGAAAUGAGCUGAUUGGCGUCCAACUCGAGAUAAAGUUGUUGAAGAAUCAGAUAAGCCCUCUAAGUCCUUAUUACAGGUGGAUUAGCAUGAAGGAGGCACAGUGAGAUUUCUCCUGGAAUACUGUUCGACAGGCUCACAACAUACGGGAAUCACUUCUGUUCCUCCGAGGAAGUGGUGGGAGUUAAAUGAAUGUUUCAUCCCAAAGGUCAUAAGGUCAAUCUCAUAUAUUUAUGAGAUCAUUAUAAAAGAGGAAAAAAAAUAUUUCAAAGGGAAAUAUUUCCUAUAUUAAUCAGUGUUUAACGAUGUCUAUAGCUGGUGAAUCGUGUGGUUGCCAGCAGAAAUUUUCAAAACGCCAGGGAAAUAUAACAUCAAGGACACUAAGUGUAUCAGUCAAAAUGGAAUUAUUUGUACUUGUGGUUCUGGUGGUACUUGGUUUGUGCUCAGGACAGAACAUGAAAGUUGAUGUGGAGAACCUCCUGAAUUCCUUGGACGAGGGAUCUAGAAAGAUGCCGGUAGCUCUGAAUUGGGGAAUAGCAGAUAGCUCAGCGAUUAUUGGAAAAUUGUUCAAUUAUGCCAUUCCUUCGGAUGCAUUUAAAGGGGAUAUAAUUUCUUAUAAGGUUACAGAGGCAGGAAAGGACAAACUACCAGCAUGGCUCCACUUUCAAGAAUCCACUCGACAGUUAAAAGGUAUACCAACACCUUCAGAUGUCGGCCAGCAAUAUCUUGAGGUCGUUAUUGGUGGUCAUGACAACUCACAAGCCAAAGAUGUGUUCUCAAUAUCAGUGACUGGUGAGAAUCCUGCAGAAUUUGUCAUGCAGCCUCUACCCAACGAAUCUGGACGACCCAACACAGUCAGGUGUCGUCGUGACCUCCGGGAAACAGCGGUUACUGUUGUCUUGGAUACUGAUCUUGAUCAACUGAGCUCUCAAGAGAGAAUCCAACUGAUGGAAGAUAUGACGAAAUUCCUUCCACUUAAUCUAGACAUGUUGAAACUUCUCCCUGUAGGAAACAAACCUUUCAUUGACAACAAUGCACUGGUUGCUGGACCCGGUGACGUAAAAACUCCUACAAAGUCUGGUGCAUUACUAUCCUGGCUCGUUGGAUGUGGUGAGGUCAAUAAGGAUCACAUGCCUGUUAUCAUGGAUGUCGAGCCUAAAGCUAAGGAUGGUAGUAUGUCUAAAGCUCUCGGCCAGUCCAUUAUUGGCUGGCAUGUCACCAAUACUGAGCAACAAGCUAAACUUCGACGCCGCAGACAAGUCAUUCGUGCUACAGCUACUCCAGGUCUUACUCAGGCCCCUCCUACUGAUCUUCCAUCCCAGAGGAUACCGGUGAAAGGAACAGACACAGACACAAUGAUGAGAUCUGUUCCAGUUAUGAAAUCACCUAUGUUCACCGUAACACCUGAAAUUAAGCCAACUAAGACUGCAGAUAUGCCAUCAGCCAGUCCAGAAGACCAUGGGCAUGAUCAUAGUCACAUGAUGACCAAACUACCAACACCAGAACCUACAACAAAGAAAUCAAUGACUGAUAGUGUUAUUGCACCCUCAGCGAAGCCUGAAUCUGAGCCUGAGCCAGAACCGUGGGCAACAGAGAUCUUGCCUACAAAGACAUACAUGAUGACUGAUGCCCCAACAAAGAUUCCCAGACCUGUCGUCACAGAUGCCCCGCCGUAUUGUCCACCCGACGAUCAGCCAAGGAGUCCCUUCAAGAAAAACAGGAUGGCUCCAAUUUACUUCACUGCUGGACAGUUUGCAGAAUUUGCCAUCCACAAUGAUUUGUUUUUCGAUUGCAAGGAUGGUGAUACCAGGAGCCUCAGGUUAGAUCUGUUCAAAGGAGACAAUGAAGUGCUUGCCAGUAAACUCCUGGGUUGGACUUAACACAAAGAAGAUGGAACCUGGGUUGUACAAGGACUUCCAAUGAACCUGAACGAGGGAACAGAGAGUUACAGACUGACAGCCAUGAACACCAUGGGAACGUCACCAGCUGUCGAGAACUUUAUCAUUGUCGUUCUUACACAAGACGGUAUCUCGUACGAUAAACCCACACACGAAAUAGCCCUCACCCUCAAUAAUGACUUUGACACUUUCAAUUUCACUGAUAGGCUGAUGCUGAUGAAGAAAAUUGCUAGAGUAGCAGGUGAUGGAAAUCCAGACAACAUUGAGGUUCUUCGUAUUGCAAAGGGCUCUGUUAUAUACUCAUGGACAAAUUCUUCACUGCCGAGAGAUUCAUGUCCUUCUACAGAAAUUCAAACCAUGACUGGGAAAUUCUUACGAGAUGAUGGUACAUUAAGGAAAUCCGCAAGGAACAGGCUGGCACCAUACAAACUCACCGGGGUAGAGUUGGCCCCAAAAGGAGCCUGUAUGAACGAUCCAAACUUCCCAACUCUCGGAGUCAAACAGCAACCAACUCCCGAACCUGAACCCCAACCCGAACCAUCUAAGAAACCAUUUGUUCCUGAAGAACCACCAUAUAAUGUGGAGACAACUACCCCUGAACCAGAAGUAGAUCCUGGCAAAGCUGCUCAAGGUGAUGAUGACGAAGUCUGGAUCACAACGGUUGUACCUGCUGUAGUUAUAGUAGCCAUUUUACUCAUCGCCCUCAUCAUCGCUUGUAUCCUUUACAGGAAGAAGAGGAAGGGGAAAAUGUCUCUAGAGGACAAAAAUACUUUCGUGAACAAAGGUGCACCUGUGAUUUUCCCAGAUGAAUAUGAUGAAAAGCCAAAUGAUUCGACCAAACCUCUUAUUAUGGAAGAUGAGAAACCCCCAAUGCCUCCACCGGAAUACACUAGGGCAUCCAGUGAAAGUUCAAGGUCAUCUGGGGACAAUAAAAAUGACAAUGAUGUAGCGGAGGAACUAGAAAUGAAUGAGCCAGAUGUUAAUUCUCCUCUUUAUCAACCACCACCCCCAGUGCCUGCCUCUGGUGGUAACAAACAACCACGCCCACACGUGACACCCGCCUACAAAAACCCUGCCCCAUAUGUGCCUCCUUAAGACUGGCCAAUUCUCUCCAAGAAGGAUUACAAUUAAUGUGUACAAUUCAUAGUUCUACAAUUGGUAUGAAUGAGGUGCUUGGAAUGCAUGUCUUGACUGAUUAUACUUACGUUGAGGGUUAGGACAGGGUGUGACUGCGGGAUCGUGUGGAAGGAGUUCUGUGUUAUGUGUCUGCUGCUGAAGUCACUGGGAUAUAUACGCAUCACCAGGACUCCGCCGUGUUAAUAUAUACUUGUAUGUAACAAAUUGGCCUUAUUAGAAAUCAUAUUGAUCUACCAAUCAUUGUGCUAGCUGACCAAAAUAUGCUGACUCAUGUGUGCUUAUCCUGACCAACAGAAAGACAAUUCCAAUGUGGUGCGCAUUGUCAAAGCAUUCGUACAUAAAUCAAGUUCCUGAUAUGUGUGCACGUAUCUGGCUAUGUUAGGCUUAAAAUGUUGAUCAUGUGAUCUGUCUGUUCGCCUGUGCCACAUUUACCUCACCCUGCCACCCCUAAAUGACUACAGUGGAAUAAGCUAUUACAUGAAAGAGUUCAUUUCCACAACUGAGGGGUGAGAGGUGUAUGACUGUUAUGUCUAUAUCAAGAACUUGGUCAGUGAUGCUUGGAAAUUAAAGGUGUGUGACAUUAUUAUUGAUAUGAUGAUGACACUGAAGUGGAUUGGGAUUGAUUCGAUUUGUGUGCAGAUUGCAGUUGAUAUGAUAAUGACGUGUGCUUGGAUUGCAAUUCAUGUGAUGAUGAACAGGUGUGGAUUACGAUUAUAAUGUGAUGAUAUUAAGGGGCGUGGUCUUGUUUACCAAGUCUUUAGUACAGUCAUUGGUGCUACAGUUAGUAUUGGGACAGUUGUCAUGGUAACAGUACUGGGUUGCCAAGGAAACUGGGCUAGUCACAUUAUGAAGAUUUCAGCUUAUUUUUAUUAUUCUUGUUAGCAAACAUUUUACUAUUCAUUGAGGAAGUUUGAAGAAACAUGUGAUUUAAUUAUUGCCCUGUAAACCUGUGGCAGUGUCUGCAGUACAGUGAACGACAAAUCCGCUGUUGGUAGUCAUUGUCAAUUUUCGUGAUCAGCAUCUCUCACAUAGGACUUACAGCCAUAUGCGAGUUGAGAAUAGUGACUCUCGAAGGAUACAUAUCUGGUGUUUUGCCAGCCGUGUAUAGUAUUGGAUAGUAAUUCCGGAAUACCUAGGUAACACUAUUGUUUCAAUUACCAUGUAUGUAAGGAAACACAGACUUAUACUACCAUAUGUUCUAGGCUUCUAGCAUUGAAUAUGGCAUAAAGGAAAUAGAGUUUAUAUAUAGAUAACAUGUUGUAAGAAAUCAUUCAAUGCAAUUUUAUGGAUAUUUUUUCUGUUUGUGUAUCAGUCACUUCAAAAGGUAUCUAAGUGUACAGGAUAUGUUUUUCUUUUGUUUACAGUAAAUUGUAUUUAUAUAACCACCAAAAGUCACUGUAUAAAUAUAGUUAAAGGGGAAAUCUAAACAGGAAAUAUUUGAUUGUCAUUUUGUCUAUUGUCACCCUUGACUGUAAUCCUUGUUUGAGGUCAAGGUCACUCUUUUUUUAGCUAGAUAUAUGAAGGUCACUGGUAAAAAAGUUCUGAUUUUAAGGUUGUUAUUCCCCAAUAUCUCCCUGUUUAAUAGGAUCAUUCCGUUAGUCUGUGGUAUACCUGAUCAUGAGGAUUCGGUCUGUCCACUGGAAUAUGUAAAUGCCCUCAUCAAAUAAUUAUUUCUUCUUUGAUUUAAGUGCUAAUUAGAAUAUUGAUUAUUUAUUUAGUAAUUAACCAAUCACCUUAAUCAAGUAUAGAUUUUAUUUUCUUGACUGAUAGUGUCAGAAUUUUGAAUAUUUGUUAUUUUAGAAUAUCAUGUCAAAUAGUAUUUAGUGUUCACAUUUAAGUGUUUAAACAGUUUCCAUGGAAACCUGACCAGGGUCUAUAUUCAUGAACAAUUCUCAUUUACUCGAGCAUAAAUUUUGUGAUCAAGCAAACUAACUUUUUUGCUGAAAUUAUUCAACACAGCCAAAAAGCUAAGCAUAGAAAACAGUGUUGAUUUAUUUCAAGUCUUCAAAGUAUUAGUUCUUCCAGGGUCAUUUAAGGUUUUGGAAGAAUUAGGCUGGAGAAGGAAGCAUGGUAAUUAGAGUUAAUGGGAUCAGUUUGUGAAUAUGGGCCCUGAUGUGAGGAUUGUGUUUGGAAUAUGAAAAUAUUUACUGUAGUUUAGUAGUAGAAAUAGUCAUCAUAUUUGAUGAAUGUUUAAUUUUGUAUGAAUAUUGUAGCUAUAUAUGUACAUGUGUCUGCUGAUGACAAAGAAAUAUAUGUCGAGAUAAAAAAAAAGUUAGGUAAUACCAGUCGCUUGAUUUGUGUAUGUACAAUAGUUUUGUCCUCGUAAAUACUCAAGCUCCAAAUCAGGGAUGGUUUCAGUUAAUAUUGUGGGUAAUUGUCAUUUCCACAGAGAAAGGUUGCCAAAGUCAUAUAGAGUCACAUUUUAAUAUGUAUUUCCUAUUUCCUUUAGAUAAAACGUCCUUAAUUGACAUGGGGAAUUAAAAACCCAGUAUUUUCAAAUCAGAAAUGUGAAAAUUUCAAUAUUUGAUUAGUUUCAGAAGUUUUGAUAUCCAGAAUUCAAUUAUUUUGUGUAAAUAAAUGAGUUCUUGUUAUCAAUGAUUAUUACUUGGUUAUUAUGUCAAGAAUUCUCUUGUUAAUAGACGCAUAAUUUCUUGCUGAAAAAAAGUCAACACUUUUAUAUCAAGAAAAGAUUUAUGGAUAUUUGAAGAAAAGGUAAUAAAUAGUUCAAUGAUGGCUCAUCAUAAUACAUUUUGUCCGGUAAUACAGCUUACAUUUAUCAGUGGUCUUUAAAAAUCUCAUUCUACCCCCAUAAAUUGGUACAUACAAUUGAAGGCUAAUCAAACGUAAACACACAGUUCUAUGGGCAUGAAGAAUAAAUGAAAUCUUUGUAAACUUUUUGGAAGGAUAAUCAUGUUCUUAGUAGAAAUGGUGUAUUUUUUUUGCUUUUUUUUUUGUAUUUUUUUUAAGAACUUUAAUUAACUUUUUUUUUUUUUAGAAUCUUAAUUACCAUUUAUCAGAAAAUUAUGUCAGCUUUUUAAUCUUUCUAGAUUUUAUGGAGAAAUGUAUGUGGAUGACGAAAUCCAUUGUUCAUAAUGCUAAAACCACUUAUGGCCUUAUAUUGUAGACAGUUGGAAUGGUUUAUCAAUUCUGUUAUAGCAAUCUCUGAAAUAGAUAGGAAAAUGCUUCAUUUUGAUUAGUGUACUUACAGAGUGUAUUGGAGAAAGAUCAAAUAUGAGGUUGGCUUCGUAAUGUAACCGUACUGUACGUUGCAUUUAAACUUGGGAGAUGUCUGUGCUGAAGGUUUUCUCACCCUAUUUAUUAACAUUGUGUGUGGUAUGUUUAAAAUGAAUGGAAGCAUAUGAAUGUUAUCAAUUCAAAACUAGUCAAAAAUGAUUCUUUUCAGAGAAAUUUUAAAUCCUUUUGGCAUGAACAGGUUAGAAUUCAGAUGGUUUCAUUAUUGUUUAACAUUAUUUUACAUAAUUUCAUAGAGUUUUGUACAUUUAUGAAGAUCAGAAAUAUUGAUUCUUUUAUAAUUUCAAAACUUAUUUUCUCAUGGAGCACUGAGCUAUUUAUGACGAAAAAUUUCAUUGAGGUCUAAUUAUCAAAAUCAAAACAAAUUUGUUGUGUUUUAGCAGAUUGUAAUAGAAUGAUUGAACUGAGAGUGCUAUGUAAAUGUAGAUCUAUUGAAUGCAGACUCUUGUGUAAAUGAAAAUGUGUGAUGGAAGUAUCAAGUGUGGAUGUCCUAAGAAUUAAGUCAUUCUUUGUUGUCAAACUGUACAACAUUGAGCCUUAUUUGUUUUUCCAUAGUGACAAAGUAAAAUAUGUUGGCAAUGAGCAUAUGCAUGUAGACUGCAGAGUUACUUUCAUUUUACAUAUAUAGAUAGAUAGAUUAUAUACAUGUAAUACAUUACAUCUAAAUUUUUGUUGCUAGCUUGCAUCAUACAUAUUGAUGGUGAAGUAUUUAUAUUUACUUUCAUUUUACAUGCAUAUUACAUUACAUCACCAUUGCUAGGUAAUUUACCUAAGGUUUAUCAGCCAAUGGAAAGACCAGUGUGAAAUUACUUUUGUUUUACAUGCAUGUGGCAUUACAUACCAAAAUACUACAUGUAGUAGGUCACCUGGCUAUAUAUACAUAAUAACUGCAUAUGGUUACUUUCACUUUACAUGCACAUUGCAUCACUAUUGCCAGGUACAUUAGGCUCUGUAUAUCAACUAAAAAAAAGAUACUUUCAUUUUACAUAUACAAUACACUAUGUCACUGUUGCUCAUAUAUGGCUGUGUAUGCCCUAUAUAUACGGUAUAUAUAUAUGUAUACCACAUUAUUCCAAGUACAAUGCCCCAUGAGGCUCUUACCUUUGUAUAGUCUUUAUGUUGUCGCUAAAGCCAGAAUGUUUUGUUUAUUUCCCUCGUAUUUGUGUAUGUGCACUGUUUGUACUGAACUUCAAUAUGUCACUAUUCAAAUUUUGUUUACCAUGAUAGUUAACAUAUUAUCUAAAUAGAAAACUUCAUGAAUUUGGCAAUCAUUCUCCACAUUCAUGAAAGCUAUUAGUUUAAAUUGAGUUAAAGAAAUGUCUGUAAUUUAAACAAAAAGUACAAAUUAGUUUUAAACAAUGUUUUUUUUUAAAUGGAAGAAUGACUUGCACAGCUAUAUUGACCAAAAUAUACCCUUCCCCUCAGUUCUUGUGAUGAAGACAUGGGUGGGGUCAGUGAUGUGAAAGAUAGGGAGUCUUGAGUUAAAUAUUUAUUUAAAUAUUCAUCAUAUAGAAGUACCUGUGUAUGUUACUUUACAUAUAUAUUACAUGUACACAUAUAUGUGCCAUGCCAAAUCAUUACAAAUUAUUAGGAAAUAUUUUUUUUCCGAAAUUCAUUCUAUCUUUCUUUCACCAAAGCUGAACUCUUUGCAGUUAAUAUUGGAGAAACCAAAAUUGAUUUGAGUAUGAAUAUUCUUUUCUUUUUUUUCCCCCUUUUUUUGUGUGGGUCAAAUUAGAUGUUAAUUUUAAACAUUUAAACAUACAAACAUGUAUUUUUGAUGUAAUACAAGGUAUAUCAUUAAUUUUGACAGUUCUACUUGAAAGCUUGAUAUUUCCAAAUUCUUUUAUUUGAUGAAUGUAUGUAAAUGUUAUGUUCUGUUACAAAAUACUUCAACUAUAAAGAAUGAAACAAGCUAUACUAACCAAUCAUAUUACUGUGUAUACAUAAUACUUCAGACUGAUAUAAACCAUUAUACAUCCCAUUACCAAUGUAUUCUGACCUGGAGACGUUAUUUGACCAAAUGGUACCAUAUACGUGUAUAUAUCUUACAGGAAUUGUAUAACUUGCUGCAACUGGAGUUGGAUUUAAGGAUAUAGGUUACCAUACCGUUACUCAACAUCUGUCAAAAGAGUUCUACAUGAAGAGAUAUAAAUUAAGGGAGAUAACUCUCGUGAAAAUCUAAGUUGAUGACAUGUAUCCUUAAGUUAAACAAUGUAUCGGUCAAGUCAACUUGUGAUAAAAUUGACAAAGCAUGGUCGUAUUUUUCCAGUUAAGGAUCUCAAGAUUAAAGAUUAGAAUUUUCAUGCCAAAAAUAGCCAGCUUAGUUUGGAUUUUAUUCUUAUUAUUCUAUAUACAUAUAUCAUUAUACAUAUUUCAUCUCUAAUUCUCUGUUGAUAAACAAUGUUCGAAAUAAAUAUGAGUCAAAUUGACCAACUGAUGAAAACAUGAUAUUUAAAUUUUGCUUUCGCAUUUUUAAAAAGAAAACUGUGUUGCUAAUUAUUCUGUCAAUUCAGUAAGAAUAAGUUGUGUUAAUUGUGAUUUAUGCAUGUUGAACUUUAUUUUGUUAUGAUUACAUACCAGUAUGUAUUUUUCAUUUUUUAAUCUUGAAAAUCAUAUAAUUUGCAUUUUAGUAUUUGAAGUUCACAAAAGUAUCAUUGACACAAAUUAAAUUGGCAUUUCUGUUGAAUUCUGCUUUAUUUCAGUGGAUGACAGAUGUUGGAAAGACGUUUGUCAUUCCAGAUUUGCACUAGGUCAGGUGUCCUGAAUUAAGAUCGUGUUUUCAGUUGUAUGUUCAUUGCUAUUGAGAUGAUAUUUCAAUAAACAACAAUUUGAUGAUAA